AUUCGUGCCAUCUAGGUAUACUACCUUGAUAAUCGUACAUCAGUUAUUUCGCUCAGAUAUUAAUUGAUAACUUCCAACCUUUCUUAUUUAUGUUUCGUUGUUUCCAGUAGCAAAAUCUACGAACAUCAUACCAUCACUAACCUCCCUGUCAACACCACUAUCUGCCCAAAAUGGCGAAUAGAGCCAGCAAUCCCAACCUCACCGUGCAACCUCCGCCAGGCUCCUCAAAUGCGAGCGCCAACAGUUCGCGCCCCUUCACACCACGCUCUACGACUUUCCCAGAUGGCGCUGAUUCUGAUCCCGAGUUCGACGAGUUUGAGCCAACACCCAUACACAGUCCCGGAGGCCCACAGUACGACGACUUGCCACCGUCUUAUGACGAGGCGCAACAGGAGGCGCUUCGAGAUGCACGAGCUGGUAUCCCUCCUGUAGAUCCAAACAACUUGGAAGUCCAUCGCAUGGUCAUCGGCGAUGACCGGAAUACGCAGCAGCAACCUAGCAUAUCGCCACAUCGAUCGCAUUCAUCCAUCCUGCAGGAACCAAAUGCGUAUGAGUUUGAGCCAGAGAACAGGAGAAAUGGUGAUGGCCUUGGAAUGUCGAUACCGGUUCAGCAAGUUGUGAGCGACAACAGUCAGAUUCCAGUGGGUAGAGUACAGUCCAGCACCAAUCCUACUACACCACCGCCUUUCAUUCCUGGUGCUGCACCAGCUCCAACAGAUCCGACUUCUGCUCUACUUAUGAGAGCACUGGAAUUCACGAAACACGAACCAGCUGCAGAUGCUCAAUACGCUCCACGACUCACUCGCUGCGUCGCUAUUCCACAUGUCAACGGCAUCCCCACCACCUCUCGAUCUACCGAAUGCCAGAAUUCAGGAAAAGCCGCUCGUCGUGCCCGACGUGAAGAGCGAAGAAACAGCCGGUCAAAUCGUUGUCGACGCCAGAGCUCCCAUCAAAUCCCUGGACAAUGGCCAGAAGCCAGAUCCACAGAAGCCAUCAACUCUGCAAACGAUAGUAGCAGCAGCAGCAGCACCUCGGAGCCCAUCCAAUUCCUUCGCGCAUACUCGAAAGCAUUGCACUCCCACGACAUUCGUCCAUCCGAAUUUGCAGAGUUCCUCGACGGACUGAACGCACUCUGCCUCGCUUCAGGCAGCACACUACAGCAACUGAUAGACUCGCCGCUCGUGGCACUAGAUCAGGACGAACGAGGAUCAUCAUCCAUCGUACACGACUACAUCCAAGCGGCAAAUGAAGCCUUCUUCGCCCCGAGAGGUCUCCGCGUAUCCCUUAGAUCGCUAUCAUCGCUCGUCUCUACGCUCAAUGUCCCCGAGGAUAGGGGCCAACGAGCGGCAGUCAUUGCGAGUGCAAAUGAUAGCAGCACUGCUGUACCCCUACGCGCCGGAGCUUUGUAUCCGUACGUUGAAGCUAUAGAGACCAAUGUGCCGGAACCUAGCACACAGGCCGUUUAUCUGAGGGAGAUGGGCCUAAAUCUACGGAAUCGGGAGCGCUCUUCAUAUUCCAGUUCUCAAUCCGUACCCCAGUACCACGACGCGAACAUUGACAACGCCAACGAGAAAGUCAGGUCCGCCGAGCACCACGAAGAGCCCUCAGAUCCACCACAUUCCCUUCCCCCAGAGCAACAACCUCAUCCGCAAUCUCAACGAAUUCCAGGUGCCUUUCCAUUUGUCCCCCCCGUUCCUCCCGUCCCAGGUGUCCCACAACCACCGCCGCCACCACCGCCAUUUGGAAGCUGGCAUCGCGGCGGUAGGGGUGGCUGGCAAGGGCCUCCAGGCGGAUUCUGGGGUCCCCGACAUCACCACCCUCACCAUGGUCCACACCACGGACCAGGCUGGCCCCCCGUACCCUUCCCACCGCAUCGUCAGCAUCAUGGCCCACCCUGGACACCAGGCUGGGCACCAGGACCGUCUUCCUCAGCGAACAACGACAUGGCGGCCUGGGGCGCCAGCAUCGGAAAAUGGGGCGAAGAGUUCGGCAAGAGGAUGGGCGGCUGGGGAGAGCAGUUCGGCAAGAGGGCCGAGGCAUGGGGCGCGGAUGUCGAGAGGCAGGCGCAGGCAUUUACCAGGAACAUGAGUGUCGGCGUCGAGCCGUCAACAUCGAGGGUGUCCGUCAGUACUGGGAAUGGGGCGAAUGCUACGACGACCACGACGGUCGUGAAUCAAACUGGAGGCGUCGAGACGAACGUUACUGGUGGUGGUCGACAGGAAAAUGGCGUCCAUCGCAUCGUCCAGACAGCGAACGUGGGGUCUACCACUCCCGCCAGCAGGACAGUCACAGAGGAAAAGACGCCCAUUAUCGGAGACAAGAACAACGAUACAUUGCCAACAACCGACAAAUCUAAGACAAGCCUCGAAUUUGACAACGACUCCGACUCAGAUUCGGACACUUCCUCACUCUCCUCCCUGUCCUCGGACGACUCCGACUCGGAAGACGAUUCCGACGACGAACUCCCGUCCAGAGCUUCCGCCACUGACGCCGAGCGCCGUUCAUACGCCGUGAAGAAGGACCGCCGCGCCAAGUUGAAGGAACUCAGGAAGCAGUCCAAAUCUGCGAAGAAGAAGUACCGCAGCGUCAAGAAGGAGAUCCGAGAUCAGGCUCUGAAGUCAAAGGAGAAGAAAGUGGACGCUAAGGCGGCGAAGAGGGAGGCAUGGGGGGCGUAUAAGGCACAGAAGAAGGAGAUCAAGAAGAAGAGGAGGGAGGUGAAGAGGGAGCUUAAGGCCAUGGAGAAGAAGAGGAAGGGGAAGGGGAAGGGGAAGGGGAAGGAGAGAGAGGGGGAGAGGGAUUGUGGCGAGGGGGUUUGGAUCGUCGUUGAGAAUUUGGUGUGAUCAAUCGGCUUCAUAGCUAUGAUUGAUGGUCACGGGUCUCUUUUUGGGUAAAGGUUGAAAUGUAUGUAGCAGUGAUUGUUUUGUAUUAUUUUGCUGUUAGUUAUGUAAAAGAUACGAAGUCAAUGGACACGAUAGGAUAGGUGUUAAAAUGGUUUUUAUCAUACAUGUUUCCCGUUGAUAUGUACAACUUAUGUAUGUAUGUAUAAAUGGGGGGUAUCAGGCUGAUGAAAAUUCCUUU